AUGGCCUCUGCAGACAACUCCAAUCGACGUAAAGCAGCUAUUCCAAGCCCCGCGGGCGAGCUUCGUGAACCAAAGCGGCAUGGCCUGAUCGCACAGCUGGUAUGUGCUGCAAAGCUUACCAAGCUUGAUUCAAUCACCUGGGCGUGUUUGUGGUUUGCGGAUCUCUCGAACUUAGAAAGUCUCGUGUCAUCCUGUGGAUUGAAUUCACCGCACGGUUUUAUGGUGCACCGCAGUCUCUCGAAGAGUGAGGAUAAAACACAAGUAAUUGAUGCCUGGGCGGUUUCACGGCCCAAAGAAGAACUGGAGAAGGCCUAUGAAGACGAAGAAUCAGAUACCGAGGGGCCUCCGAUCAAGAAGCGUCGGUUGACUUUGAACACAGAAGAGAGUCCCAGUCCUGAAGAAGAAGCAGCCACUCAUUUAGCCAAUAGACUAUGCACUGAGCGAGAUAAUGCCACUUGCGUGGUCACCGGUUGCCGUGAUCCGGUCGAAAUCGCACAUAUACUCCCCAACGGUCUUGGAAGAAUGGAGUCUCAAGUACUCCAGAACUUUUGGUUUCCUCUGCACCGAUUCUGGAGCCAAGAGAGGGAUCGGAGAUCACUUGAGGUGCAAUUCUACUGGCUCCCGGUUUAUAACUACCGUUCGAGAAUUCCCGCAACCGAAGUCCCCAGUCGUAUGUCUCGCAAGCUCUCCGGAACAACCGUUGAUGGAAAAGAAACCAUGCUGUUUAAUAUUGCCACAGAUAAGAAACUAUGCUCUGGAGACAUUCUUACCUUCAAAACAAACGACCCUAACAGUCACCCCCUUCCAUCCAUGGAGUUGCUAGACAUGCAGUGGGUCCUAGAUCGAGUUCUUGCCCUCAGUGGUGCCACCUACGCCACAGACGAAGAGCUUUAUCCCGAUUUCUCGUCGAAUGAGGGCUCAUUUUGGAAUAGCGAGGAAGAUUUCUGA